AUGUUAUUAAAGCGCGAGGUUACCAUACUAAAUAUUGAUCAAACUGUUCUUGAUACAGAGUGUUGUCAUAGUCAAAAACAGCAAGACUCUCCUGCAGAUGCUGAACCAAAAACAAAAAAUCCUCGAUCAGAUACUUUUGGAACAUCCUUUUCUGAAUCAAUUAGUAGAAGUAAAACACCAAGUUCCAUGUUUGAUAGCAUGACAAAAACUGAAAAGGAUUUGAUUGAUACACACCUAGCAAGAGCAAUAUAUGCCAGUGGAUCCCCAUUCCAUUUAGUAGAAAAUAACUAUUGGAAAAUCUUUAUGAACAAGUUACGUCCUGCUUAUAAGCUUCCGUCAAGACAUGAAGUGUCAAACUUAUUAUUAGAUAAUGAAUUUUCAAAGAUUUCAGCAAAUGUUAAAGAAAUGGUAGCAACUGCAGAUUAUCUUGGAUUGAUGUGUGAUGGAUGGAGCAGUUUAAGAAAUGAAGCAAUCAUUAACUUUGUAAUGACAUUGCCUUCUUCAUCAUCCAUUUUGUGGAAGACAUUGCCUACAGGUAAAACCAUAAUUCUUGUACUCCAUUCUGGUGAAUAUAUGGCAAAUGAAAUAAAGAAAGUUUUAGAAGAAAUAAAUCCUAACAAAGUUUUAGGCAUUGUGACUGACAAUGCUGCAAAUAUGAAAAAUGCAUGGACUCGUCUAAAAGAUUGUUAUCCCCAUCUUCAUUGCUAUGGAUGCAUUUUACAUGGUUUAGAUUUGCUGUUUACAGACUUUUUAAAAUUGGCAACUUUAAGUGUUUCAAUGUCACAAGCAACUGAUAUUGUUAAAGAGAUAAAAAAUUCUCAUUUAUCUGUUGCAGCAUUUAGAGAUAUACAAAAAAAGUCAGCUGGUGUAGUAACAUGCAUUACAUUGAAACUACCAGGAUCAACUGUAGCAUGCUUAGAUAGCAUACUGAAAAAUAAGCAACCAUUAAAAACAUUGGCUAUUUCUGAAAACAGUGGGCCUAAUUCAGCAACAAAAAAUAUUCUUCUAUCAGAUAUUUUUUGGGACAGGGUUGAAGGUUUUUUCAAAUUGCUGUCACCAAGAGCUGAUGCAAUAAAGAAAACUGAAUCAAAUGCUCCCAUGUCAUCUACUGUUGUGGAAACUUUUCACUUCUUAGAAGAUCACAUUUUUAAAAAUGUAACAGUUAGCCCAUUCUCAAAAAAGGAAGAAGAAGAAGCCAAAAAGAUCUUCAAAAAAAGAAAAGAAUUUUGUUUAACAGAAAUUCACUUGGCAGCCAAUAUACUAGAUCUCAAAUUUCAAAGCAGAGUCUUGACUGGAGAACAAAAGAUUGAUGCAUGUGAGGUGAUACAUAACAUUGCUGCAAUUAUGCCUGAAGUAAACAAAGAAAUUAUGAUGUAUGAUUUGGCUAUUUACCAAUCAAAGGGUGGUAUAUUUUUAAAAUCCUUUAUUUGGACUGCAGUUGGAAUAACUCAACCUAUAAAUUGGUGGAAAGGGUUGUGUUCCUUUACUGAAUUAUCAAAAGUUGCAUCUAGAAUUCUUCAGCUACCAGCUUCAAGUGCAGCAUGUGAGAGAAGUUUUAGCACUUAUUCUAACAUUCAUAGUGCAAAAAGAAAUCGUUUAACGACUGUAAGAGCUGGAAAACUAGUUUUAAUUUCACAAAAUUUAAAACUGGAAAAUAUUGAACACCAGUUAUCAAAAUGCACUUCAACGCCUUGGUCAGAGUCUGAAGCGGUUUAUAUAGAAAGUGACAGUGACUUAGUUUAUGAACCAUUAGAUGAAGAUAGUCUUGGGCAGGAAGACUCGGACUCAGAAAGCACAUCCAUUUAG